AUUCAUACAUAUCUCUACAAAUCCCUUUGCCUUUCCCAAGCACACUCCCACCCACCCUCCAUUCCCGGUCCCCCCUGUUGCUCGCUGCGGUCAGGGCUGGGACAAAAGUUAGCACUCUUGACUCGGCCAGUCUUCAGACAUCUCGACGCCUCAACUUCUCUCCAUUUCUCUCCCAAUCCACAUCCUACACAAUACAGACUAACAACAAGCCAAUCAGCUUACAGAUCGAACCCCACGGUCCCCAGCAAUGCCGGCACCCACCGGCAUCGACCUCCCCCUUGCGAAAGCCAAGUACAACAAUUUCUCACACUUGUAAGCGCUUGUGAUGUUUUAGGGCAGGUGUGGCACGGCAAUGAGUACUAAGUAGACCUAAGGCCCUGUAAAUCCUGAAGUGGCCACGGUUGUUCUCCCCUUAGUACAACGUAUUGUAAUUCUUCCCAGUCUCACCAGGUGGCAAUACAGUGACCCUAGAAGUCUCGUUUUUCAGAAGUAGGGGAGAGUGAGCCUCGAGGAAGUGAUGUAUCUCUGUGCUGCGACCGAUCCAGGAAACCCGCAGAUUGCACUGCCCAGCAAAGAUCAGAUCUCCGUUUACCUUCGCCUUUUGUGUACAGAGCUCUGGCCAGUGGUGAAAACGCUAAGCCUCCGUCUUUCCAUUCAAACUGUAUACCUUGACUCUCCUUUUUUGGCUUCAAGAACGUGGGCUGUCAAGAAUUCAUCAUGAAGAUCCUUUUUUCGUCUCUCUUACUUGUCACUGUUCCGUUCAUGGACAGCUUCUCUAAAGGGCAAGGAAAGAAAUGGAAAGGUGAAGGUACAACACCGAACCUGGAAAGCAUUGUCAUAGGAAGAUGCUAUGACUACAUCAGAAUUGUGAAUCCUGCUGUUGGUGAGAAGAAUUGUUCAGAGAUAUGGGAAGCAUUUAAAAAUGCAUUUAUUCACAAGGAUCCUUGCAGUAUUCUACCUAAGGACUAUGAAUUAUUUAUCAAUCUGUCAUUCCACACAAUUCCACCUAACAAGUCUCUAUUCUGGGAAAAUAAUCGCCUGCUGGUCAAUAGCUUCGCUGACAGAGGCCGUCGCUACAUGUCUCUGGCCGAUACUCUCUUUGGCUACUUGGUAGAUUUUCUGAACUGGUGUGGGCAAGCAAACAGCACUGGACUGGACUAUGAAUCCUGCCCUACUACAGAGGAAUGUGAAAAGAACCCAGUGGAAUCUUUCUGGAGGAUGGCCUCAGCCACUUAUGCACAGCACAGUUCUGGAGUGAUACAUGUCUUGUUGAAUGGUUCUGCUGCCGGAGGAGCUUAUCCAGAACCAGGUUUUUUUGCAGAUUAUGAAAUACCUAAUCUUCAGAAAGACAAAAUCUCAGAAAUUGUGAUCUGGGUUGUGGAUGAUAUUGAAGGGCCAGAUAGAGAUUCCUGUGGAACUCUUACUGUAGAGGUACUAGAAAACAGGCUGAGAAACCUUGGUUAUGACGUCACCUGUACUGACAACUACAAGUCUGUAAUGUUUUUACUCUGCUUGGAUCAUCCUGAUGAUUCUAAGUGUGCCCUUUCAUCAUCUGCACCAGCAGCACAAAGAGGACUUAUCUCUUCAGACAGAGGAGGCAGCUGGGACACUCUCAUGUUUGUUUCUUUUGCAGCUUUUUUGUUCAGACUUGCUUUAGUGUACUAAGUUAAUCAAC